AUGGGAGGAGCCAACUUCAAAAGCUUCUCCGCCUGCUCCUCAGCCCUGUCCAGGGAGGCCCCAUCGGCUGGUGUGGUUGCCAAUUGCCAGCUGCACUGUUCACCCAAGGACCCCAGAGGACCCCAGGAUCAUGUGCAUGGCCUGCUGGAGGGAGUGCCCUCCAAGCCCACUCUCUGUGCCCUACUGCUGGCACUCCUGGGGUUUGUGCCAGGUUGGGCCCGGCCUGGCUCCUGCAGUGUCCCGGAAGUGCUCCGCCACUAUCGGGCUGUCAUCUUUGAGGACUUGCAGGCUGCCGUGCGUCGGGUGGGGUCCGGGGCCCAACGUUUAGGGCCAGGCUUCAGACACUACCAAUUCAUUCAGAAAAACCUGACUGGAGCUGGUGGAGUGCCAGGACGACUUGGGGCCUCCUGUGGUGCCCAGAAGGAGCGUAGUAUCCUACUGUCCAUCGAAUCCCUGGGUCGGACCCUGCGAGGGGCAGUGGCGGGGGGCCGCCGCGGUGCCCUGGAGAAAGCUGCAUGGACCGUGGCCGUGCGCACCGAGGCGGUGAUGCGCCGCCACUGCUGGACCUCGCACCAGCGGAGCAGGCGGCCCAGGACGCGCCCUGUCCGUGGUGGCAGCCGGAGGCGGAUCUUGGUGCGCGCUCUGGACACCGUCGCCACCUGUUGGGAGAAGCUCUUCGCACUGCAUGCCACGGCCACCACGGGAUCCUAG